UGUUCACGCAAGUAGAUAACAAGCUUUGGUGACUUUCAGAAAAACCUAAUUUUUGGUGAAAAAUAGAUCCGUUUUGACUUGAAGAGCGGAAGGAUACCCACUUUGGCGUCUUCACUCGUUGACGAGCAAUGGAGAGGUAAAGAGUUGCGACGAGGCGGCUGAGUUAGUCAAGUCAAAAUAGCGACUUUCUAAACACGCGUGCUAGCCACAUGACAAAAAACUACCAAAAUGCUUUAAGUGACUUUCGUCUUUUUGUAGUUUUCUCCAUCUGCUAAUUACGCGCGAAUCAAUUCCCAGCCAAGCCGGACUUUUUUUCAGGGGGUUGAGAAGUCACAGUCCGGGGAGCCAAGCAAGAAAGCAGGCAGCUCAGUUUUUGGGCUCGCGCGACCUUAUGUGGAUUUUACAUCAAAAAACAUGGAGAGGAUCCCCGGUUUCUCCUCGGGAACGUCGCUAGUCUUCGUCCUGGCUUUGGUUGACCUCUCCCUGGCUCUUCAGUGUGUGGACAACAAAGCACCAUGCGUGAACAACGCCACCUGUCAGACCUUUAGCAAUGGCACCGGAUACUGCAGAUGCACGCCAGGCUUCCUGGGUGAAUACUGCCACCAUAAAGACCCCUGUCAUCCCGGCUUCUGCUCGAAUGGCGGGAACUGCUCCGUGGGCAUGCUGGCCGGCGUACCUGUACCGGGCAGCGCCACCUGCGUCUGCCCUCUCGGCUUUAUUGGAGAGCACUGCCAAAUUCCGCAGAACUCCACGUGCUAUCCCAACAACCCGUGCGCCAACAAAGGCACAUGUUCCUUGCUGUCCCUCGACAAAUACACUUGCAAGUGCGCCCGAGGAUGGUCAGGACCACGAUGCGAGUAUGAGGACAGCUGCCUGUCAAGUCCCUGUGCCAACGGCGGGUCAUGCCGCGCUCUUCCAGGUGGUCAUUACAUCUGCUCCUGCCCACCCGGCUACACGGGUCUCCGCUGCCUCAAUGACACCAACGAAUGCGUCGCCUCCCCCUCAAGAUGUCAGAAUGAAGGAAUGUGUGUCAACACCCCUGGCUCCUACAAAUGUAUUUGCGGCGCCGGGUUCACGGGUCGACACUGCGAGAGCUCGUACGUCCCUUGCUCUCCGUCGCCGUGUAUGAACGGAGGCACUUGUCAUCAGAGUUCGGAAACCAGCUAUUCAUGUCACUGUCUUCCAGGAUUCAAUGGCACCAACUGCGAGAACAACAUUGACGACUGCCCAGGUCAUCAGUGCGAAAACGGUGGCACGUGUAUGGACGGAGUCAACACCUACAACUGUCAGUGCCCUCCAGAGUGGACGGGUCAGCACUGCACAGAGGACGUGGAUGAGUGUCGUCUACAGCCCAACACUUGCCAGAACGGCGGUACCUGCAACAACCUGGCCGGUGGCUACGUAUGCGUGUGCGUCAACGGCUGGAGCGGGCCCGACUGUUCGGAAAACAUCGACGACUGCGCGACUGCCGCCUGCACGCAAGGCUCCACGUGCAUCGAUCGCGUCGCCUCUUUCAUCUGCCUCUGCCCCCAUGGGAAGACGGGUUUACUUUGCCACAUAGACGACGCCUGCAUCAGCAACCCUUGCAGGGAAGGCUCCCAGUGUGACACCAACCCCAUUACCGGCAUGUUCAACUGCAACUGUCCGCCGGGUUACGUGGGCAGCACCUGCAACGUCGAUAGAGACGAGUGCAGCAUCGGAAGCAACCCUUGCGAGCACGGCGGCCAGUGCGUGAACACAGAUGGCUCCUUCACGUGCAACUGUGUGAGGGGUUACGCCGGGCCACGCUGCGAACAGGAUGUCAACGAGUGCGCUUCGAGCCCCUGUCAGAAUGACGGCACUUGCUUGGAUCGCAUCGGCGACUACACUUGCAUCUGCAUGCCCGGAUUUGGGGGCACCCACUGUGAAAUCGAGGUGAACGAGUGUCUCAGCUCCCCCUGUCUGAACCAGGGAAAAUGUCUGGACCAGGUCAGCCGCUUUGUCUGCGAGUGCCCGGCAGGCUUCAGUGGUGAAACGUGCCAGAUAGACAUCGACGAAUGUUCAAGUACGCCCUGUUUAAAUGGAGCCAAAUGUAUCGACCGACCUAACAGCUACGACUGUGAAUGUGCCGAAGGCUUCACGGGUCUCCUUUGUGAGGAGAACAUCAACGACUGCCAGCCCGAGCCGUGCCACCACGGCGUGUGCAAGGAUGGCAUCGCCACCUUCUCCUGCGAAUGCGACCCGGGAUACGUCGGCUCCAUCUGCAACAUCCAAGUGCAGGAGUGCCACAGUAACCCUUGUCAGAAUCGAGGACGCUGCAUUGACCUGGUCAACGCCUAUCAGUGUAACUGUCCACUUGGGACUGCAGGUGUGAACUGUGAAAUCAAUGAAGAUGACUGCGCCAGCAACCCCUGCGAGUACGGAGAGUGCCAGGAUGGCAUUAAUGAGUACAAGUGUGUGUGCUCCCCGGGAUACACAGGAACCAAAUGCAACACGGAUAUCAACGAGUGUAGCUCCAACCCGUGUAUGAGCGGCGGCACCUGCAUCGACAAGGUGAACGGGUUCCACUGCCUGUGCCCGCCCAGCACCCAUGGCCCCCUCUGCCUCUCGGGGAUCAACCACUGCGAGCACCAGCCUUGCGUGCACGGCGAAUGUAUUGAGCAGCAACACGGGUACCACUGUGAGUGUGAACCCGGCUGGGGAGGACAACAUUGUGAGCAGGAGAAGGAUGAGUGCCAGCCCAAUCCUUGCCAAAACGGUGGAUCAUGCUUGGACCGGCAUAACGGGUACACUUGCGCGUGCCAGCUGGGAUUCAGAGGCGCAAACUGUGAGAAGAACAUCGACGACUGCGCGUCCAAUCCUUGUCUCAACCAAGGCGUUUGUAUCGACAGGGUCAACGGUUACACUUGCCAGUGCAGUCCACCAUUCACAGGUAAAAACUGCACGGACGAGCUUGUUCCUUGUGCUUCUCAUCCAUGUGAGAGUGGAGGAGUGUGUCGUCCGACUGCAGACUACAGCUCCUACACCUGCCGAUGCCCCGCCGGAUGGCAAGGGCCGCGCUGCAACGAGGAUGUCAAUGAGUGCAAAAAGAAUCCUUGCAGAAACGGCGGUCAUUGCGCAAACAGCCCAGGCAGCUACGUGUGUACAUGUCAGCCUGGAUACAGCGGACACAACUGUCAGACAGAUGUUGAUGACUGCUCACCCAACCCGUGCUUGAACGGCGGCUCCUGCGUGGACGAUGUGGGCGGUUUCGCCUGCGAGUGCCGCGCAGGUUUCCAAGGGGGCCGCUGUGAGACCGAGAUCGACGAGUGCGCCAGCCAACCCUGUUGGAACGGCGCGAACUGCCGGGAUUACGUCAACAGUUUUGUGUGCGAGUGUCGGGCGGGCUUUGAUGGAUUCCUGUGCGAACACAACAUCCAGGAAUGCACCGAAAGUUCCUGCCUGAAUAACGGCACUUGCAUCGAUGACAUCAACACCUUUUCCUGUCGCUGCCGUCCCGGCUUCUACGGCGCAUUCUGCGAGUAUGAGCAGAACGAAUGCGACUCCCAGCCUUGUAAGAACGGCGGCACCUGCACCGACGGCCUGGGCACCUACAGAUGCACCUGUCCCGUGGGCUACAAUGGGCAAAAUUGCCAGAACUUUGUCAACUUGUGCAGCCAAGUGCGCUGUCACAACGGGGGCUCUUGCUCGCAGACCGCAACCUCCUGGACCUGUCAUUGUCAAAUGGGAUGGACCGGACUUUACUGUGACGUGCCCAAUAUGUCUUGCCGGGACUUUGCCGCUCGGAAUGGUCUGGAAGUGGAGAACGUUUGCAAAAAUGCCGGGCGAUGCGUGAACGUGGGUAAUUCCCACAAGUGUCAGUGCCAGCCGGGAUACACGGGCAGCUACUGUGAAGAUAUGGUCGAUGAAUGCCAGUCUAAUCCUUGCCGGAAUGGAGCCACGUGCAAGGACUAUCAGGGAACAUAUGAAUGCGUCUGUAAGCCAGGCUACCAGGGGGUGAACUGUGAGUAUGAUGUUGAUGAGUGCCACUCGAGGCCCUGUCUCCACGGAGGAACAUGCAUCAACCUCAUCAACCACUUCACCUGCGCCUGCCCACCCGGAACACAAGGACUUCAGUGCGAAGUGAACGUGGACGACUGCGCGCCCAAGCCCGGCUCAUGGGAGCCCCGCUGUCGUAACGGUGGUCAGUGCGUGGAUGGAAUAGGGCGAUACUCGUGCUCCUGCCCGCCAGGCUUUGUAGGAGAACAUUGUGAGGGCGAUCUGAACGAAUGUCUGUCCGGACCCUGCCACGCCGCCGGCAGCCUGGACUGCGUACAACUCGUCAAUGACUACCAGUGCCGCUGCCGCCUCGGCUACACCGGUCGCCUUUGUGAGUCCAUGGUGGAUUUGUGUCUCUCCAAGCCGUGCCAUAACAGCGGCGUCUGCUCCAUGAACAUGAGCUCAGUUCACGGGUAUACCUGCUCCUGUCCGCCUGGCUUCGCUGGGUUCAACUGCGGUGAUCUGGAAGGCUACAGCUGCGCCAAGCUUCACUGCCAGAACGGCGGCAACUGCGUGGAGUCACCGGCGGGCCAGCUCUACUGCCAAUGCCAACCGGGCUUUAGCGGGCCACACUGCGAGAGCAAGCAGACGUGCCCGACGCCCUGCCAGAACGGCGGCACCUGCGUUAGCGACCCUUCCAACCCAUACCUGUACAGCUGCCGCUGCCCCACGCACUUUUCCGGCCGCUACUGCGAGAACAAAGUGUCCGUAGCGCGCAGGCCUUCCUGCCCGUAUGACCAGUGUGAGCGUCAAUCGGGGGAUAAAGUGUGCGACACGCAGUGUAACAACCACGAGUGUCAGUGGGACGGAGGAGACUGCUCGCUCAACUGGAAGCAGCCUUGGGUCAACUGCACCGCCAGCGUCCCUUGCUGGGAUUACUUCAAAAACGGACAUUGUGACAAGGAGUGCGACAACCCCGGCUGCCUCUUUGAUGGCUUUGAGUGCCAGGAACAUGCACCCAGCACGUGCAAAUAUGACAAGUACUGUCCAGACCACUACGGGAACCUUGUAUGUGACUGGAGCUGCAACACGGAGGCCUGCGGCUGGGACGGCCUGGACUGCGCCACUGACACUCCGGCCAAAGUGAUCGAGGGCACCCUGGUUAUCGUGGUUCGGCUGCAGCCUAAGGAGCUGAUCGAGGACUUGCGUGGUUUCUUGCGCUCGUUGGGAGCCCUGCUACACACCAACCUGAAAGUGAAGCUGGAUGAGAACAAGGAGCCCAUGGUGUACCCGUACUAUGGGCCCGAGGAUGGGCACGGGCGCCUCUUACAGAGGGACAAAAGCAAGCAUGAGAUGGAGAGAGAGGUUAUCGGUUCCGUGGUCUACCUCCAAAUCGAUAACCGGGAAUGCUCCCAGAAAUCCGAAGAAUGUUUCUCAAACACCAACGAAGCCGCUUCCUUCAUCGCAGCGGCGCACAUCAAGGCCGACCUGCCUUAUCCUCUCGUAUCCGUUAACAGUGACCUGACGGUUAAAAAGACGGCCACGUUUCCCAUGUACGCCAUCGGUGUCGCCUUUGUCGUCGUUCUGCUCAUUGUGGUGUUGGGGAUGCUGGCAGUCAAGAGGAAAAAUAAACACGGCCUGCUGUGGCUCCCCGAUGGCUUUUUGGCCAAUAAGAACGACAAGAGGAGGGAACCUGUUGGUCAAGAUGACUUUGACAUGAAAAAUUUCAAGAGCCAAGAUGGAGCCAUGGUGGAUGGACGUCAAGGCCAGAGGUGGAUGGAAGACGAGGUUCCGGCGAAGAUUCCGAGAAACGAGGACAAGCCCUUGCUCAUGUGUUCGGACGGAGGGGUCGACCGAAGGGAGUGGACCCUGCAGCAUCGCAAGGCCGCCGACGUCAUCCUCACCCCGCCGCAAGCCGACGUGGAUACGGACUGCCUGGAUGUCAACGUCAAGGGACCUGAUGGCUUCACCCCGCUGAUGCUGGCUUCUCUGCGCAACGGUGGCGGACCCGACUGCACGUUCCCCGGCGAGGAGGAAGAGGAGAGCGGAGGCGACGAACCGGGUCCCAGCGUUAUAUCCGACCUGAUCGCGCAGGGCGCUUCGCUCAUGGCCCAGACGGACCGCACGGGAGAGACGGCGCUCCACCUGGCCGCCCGCUACGCCAGGGCGGACGCCGCCAAGAGGUUGCUGGACGCCGGCGCUGAUCCCAACGCCCACGACAACAUGGGCAGGACACCUCUGCACGCCGCCGUGGCGGCGGACGCGCAGGGAGUCUUCCAGAUUCUCAUUCGCAAUCGUGCCACGGAUCUGGACGCCCGGAUGAAUGAUGGCACCACUCCACUCGUCCUGGCAGCCAGGUUGGCCGUGGAGGGCAUGGUGGAAGAACUGAUCCACUGCCAUGCCGACAUCAACGCGGUCGACGAUCACGGAAAGUCGGCGCUUCACUGGGCUGCAGCAGUUAACAACGUGGAGGCCACGCUUGUGCUGUUGAAGAACGGCGCUAACCGUGACAUGCAGGACAAUAAGGAGGAGACCCCGCUGUUCCUGGCAGCCAGAGAAGGCAGUUUCGAAGCGGCUAAAGUGCUCCUCGACCACUACUCAAACCGCGACAUCACCGACCACCUGGAUCGUCUCCCGAGAGACACGGCUCAAGAAAGAAUGCACCACGACAUCGUGCGCCUGCUGGACCAGUAUAAUCUGGUUCACAGCCCCCACAACGGGCCCAAUCAUAUCGGCGGAAACUCUUCGGUGAUGUGCGGGGCCAACGGAGCCGCCUUCAUCGGCAUGCGUCCCGGCGCGCAGGGUAAAAAGAGCAGGAGGGGCGGCGCCAAGAUGGGAGGUGUCGGCGGGGGAGCGAAGGAGUCGAAAGACAUGAAAGCCAAGCGGAGAAAGAAGCCCGCCGGAGGGGAAGCUCCCUCCGCGGGCGGGGGCGGAAGUGGCGUCAAUGGCGUGAAGGCGGCCGGGGCGCUUCCCGAAAGCUCCGUCACCAUGUCGCCCGUCGAUUCCCUGGAGUCGCCGCACUCGUACACCGGCGAUGCGUCCGGUGCAGCCAGCACCGCCGCCAACUCCCCACCUCUCAUGAGCAGCCCCGGAGCCAGGCCCAUGCUGCCCCCCGUCAGCCACAUGCUGGGCCAGCAGCAGCAGCAGCAGCAGGCCUGGGUGGGCAUGAGCAAGCACGGCUAUGGCGGCCACAUGUUCGGCCUGGUGCCGCACUCGAUGGGGGGGACGCACCGCGGGAUGGCCCAGCACCACGGCCAGGGCGGCCCCAUGCUGACCCCCAUGAACGUCACCAUGAGUCGGGAGCAGCUGCCCCCCAUAGUCACCUUCCAAAUGAUGCCGCCCGGUGGAGGCCAAGGCAUGCUCAAGCAGCCCCACCAGGGGCACGCGCAGGUGACUCAGGCCCAGCCGCAGAACGCCCAAUCGGGACCCGCCCACCUCCGCUGCAACCAGGGCUUGGUGUACCAGAUGCCUGAGCAGAUGAGCAUGGGGCUCCCCCACCCUAUGCAGCACCCCCACACCAUCAACCGCGGAGGGGCGCUGCCUUCCUAUCCGCCCAUGCAGAGCCCGGUGGAUAAGUACCCCACCCCGCCCUCCCAGAACAGCUUCACCCCCGCCAGCUCCGAGGGGACCACCCCGGGCCACCCGCCGCACCCCCCCAGCGAGCACCCCUACCUCACGCCCUCGCCCGAAUCCCCGGACCCUUGGUCAUCGUCUUCGCCGCACUCCAACUCGGACUGGUCCGACGUCACCACCAGCCCCACCCCCCUGGGGAACGGCCACCACCCGCUGCCCUCGGGCCGCCACACGCACAUUCCCGAGCAGGCGCAGAUGCAGCCGCAGCUGCAGCCGCCGCAGCAGCAGGCGUCCCAGCAGCCGCCGGCUCUGGGGAGCAGGCAGGUGUUUGCGUAGACACGGGCGGGCGGGGCCAAGCGGCCAAAGAAAGACUCCUUGGGGUUCGACGCGCUUCCACGUUGACGCGAAGUAACUUUCUUUGUUCUUAGUAUGUUAUAGUCCUCUCUCUCUUUUGCACUUAAAAAAAAUUGUGUAUAGUUCCUAAAAUCUCCCAAGCUAGACAUCACAUACAGAGGUGCCUUUGUGUUAUUUUUUUGUUCCACCCCCCCCAAAUGUUGAUGUUCCAAGUAAGCUCAUUCAUUCAUUCAUCUUCCGAACCGCUUGAUCCUCACUAGGGUCGCGGGGGGUGCUGGAGCCUAUCCCAGCUGUCUUCGGGCAGUAGGCGGGGGACACCCUGAAUUGGUUGCCAGCCAAUCGCAGGGCACACAGAGACGAACAACCAUCCACGCUCACACUCACACCUAGGGACAAUUUAGAGUGUUCAAUCAGCCUGCCACGCAUGUUUUUUGGAAUGUGGGAGGAAACCAGAGCACCCGGAGAAAACCCACGCAGGCCCGGGGAGAACAUGCAAACUCCACACAGGGAGGCCGGAGCUGGAAUCGAACCCGGUACCUUUGCACUGUGAAGCCGACGUGCCAUCCACUGGACUACCGGGCGGCCCUCCAAGUAAGCUUCUGAUGUGAAAUGAGAACACUCGCAGGCCAACCAGAUUCCAGCUUCUGAUGUCACUUACGAGGCCAUUUCACUUCAUUUUAAAGGAGGAAGAUUCUUUCGGUAUGAGUCCAUUGAAUUGAGUUUGGUCCUAGAACGAAAUGAACUUGGAUGUCAAGGUACCACUUUACAGUAUACCAAAAAAAAUCGUUGCGAGCGACAGUGUCUCCAUACAUACCAAACAAACUCAAAAUUCAUUCGGCAACCAGCGUUUUAUUUUGUAUUUCUUUUACGAUCGCACGCACAGAGACGGACGGACAUUGAGAUGGGGAGCGGGGGGGGGUAUGUUAUGCAUCGGUCCUUUCGACUAUGUGCUCUGAUAUUUAUGUCAUGAGGCAUGUUCCUGUUGAAACCACUCCUUUAGCCAAGUCUAUGGGACUGAUCGGCUGUUUGUUACUCAAGAGACCAUAUGAAGCUUUUACACGUUGCAUGUUGGCAGUUUGUUGCAAAAAGAACAAUCAUCGUCGCAAAGAUCCAUGAACGUUUUCUUUUUUUUUUUCUUAAGGAAGUGUGUUGAAACAUGAAUGGACGCACAGCACAUUCUGCUUGUAAAGUCUGAGAUUUUACUUGGCAAUGAUUUUUUUUAAUGGCUCUUUUUUUAUAUAUAUGAAAACUGUGCGCACUUGUUGAAUGAUUUUUUUAAACUGCCUCUUUUUCAAAGUUUCCCCCAAAACUAUGUAACCUUCCUUUUUUUUUUUUUUUUUUUUUGCUUAGUUACAAUCAUCGUCGCUGUCUGUUUUAGUUGUCAUGAUGCAUAAGCCAAGUCUCGAGGUCAAUCAAAUUAUUUUGUAACUUUGCAAGUUCUUUUGUUCAUGGAAAGCUAUUCGAGCAUUUAUUCCAUAUACUUGUGAUCAUCAUCCGAACCGAGAUACCUACUCAUAGUUUUUUUUUUUUUCUCACUCGUAAUAUGUUGUACCACAAACGUCAUCCAGUAGUGGACGCAGUGUCACUAUAGUCAUCCUUCAGGUCAAAGGUAUGGAAUAAACGCUUAAACGGAUUUUCCAUGUCCACGUGCAUUUUAUCGAAUGCUCGCAAUUGCAAUUUGCAAUUGACAAUAAUCCCAACCAAGUAAGGGUUUGAGUUUCCACAACAGACAAUUGAAAUUUCUGCACAUAUAGCAGGCAAAAGUUGUGUUCAUAAAGUCUGUGUAUAUAGAUUUUUUGUUUUCUAAGAACAUAUGAAGUACCGUAGUUGUGGACAAGCUAGAGCUCAGACUGUUGUUGAAAAACAUCAACCAAGUUUCUCUUCUGCAUUAAAGCAUCAUCAGACA